AUAUCUACAUAAAUCUUCUAUGUAGUACUAAUAAUAACAAAAGCAACAAUGAUCAUACUACCUUUUUAUACAUAUUUUUUUUAUGAAAGAUAGGAAUUAUUACAAUAUUAAUAUAGUAAUCAAUGUGACAUUAGAGAUAUAGGUAAUAAAGUAAAUAUAAUCAGUUGUUUUUAUCACGUCCACUUGAAUUCUGAGUGUUAGAUUAAAACAGCAAGAGUCACAAACAAAAGCAUACUUUUAUUAUAUUUCUCAAUUAAGCGUCGUUUGUGUUGGUUGUGAUAUUUUAUAUUAUUUUUAUAAGGUAGUAAAUGUAUAUUACACUCAUAUUGCUAUUCUAUAAUAAUUUAGCCACGCUGUAAUUAUCGAACAAUUCAAGUACAAUGACAGACACUAUUAAAUCAAGUUCAAAUGAUUGCAUCAAAAUUCAUCGUAUCAAAAGUAAAAAAAGUAGUUCACUGCAAAAUUUCAUCCUACGCCAUUUACCAAUUUUAACUUGGUUGCCUAACUAUGACCGCCAAAAAGCGUUUGGGGAUGCAGUUUCUGGAAUAACGGUGGGACUAACUAUGGUUCCACAAAGUAUGGCUUACGCGAUGCUGGCUAAUUUGGCUCCUCAGGUAGGCCUUUAUUCAGGUCUAAUGGGUGGAAUUUUUUAUUUAUUUUUGGGCACUGUAAAUCAAGUUUCAAUUGGACCCACGUCACUAAUGGCUCUACUCACAUACGAAUACACUAAAAAUCUACCACCGAUUUACAUACCCUUACUGACUUUCAUUUGUGGUUUGGUCGAAAUGGCAAUGGGUUUAUUAAAAUUAGGGUUUUUAGUCAAUUUGAUAUCAGCGCCAGUAAUAUCUGGCUUUACCACAGCAACGUCAUUCAUUAUUGUACUAUCGCAAUUGAAAGGAAUAUUAGGUGUACGGUUUAAAGGCGAUACCGUUACGGACAUAAUUGAAAAGCUCAUUGAACAUUUCCAUGAACGCAGAAACGGAGACAUAUAUUUAGGGCUGGCUUCAAUAGUUUUUCUUCUAAUAAUUAGGCAAUUACAGUUCAUUGUACCAGCCAAAGGUGUAUUGAAACAAAUAUUAUGGAUUUUUUCCAUUAGUCGAAAUACGUUAAUCGUUCUGAUAACUAUGUUUAUUACAUUAUUUUAUGAAAUCAAUGGAAUAUCAGUACCAUUCUUAACUACGAAUACUGUAGAGCCGGGAUAUCCAACAUUUCAACUUCCGCCAUUUGGAUACACGUCCGGAAACACCACAGUCACGCUAACCGAAAUGUUAUAUGAAAUCCGGUCCGCCAUUAUUGUUAUACCUCUUGUGUCUAUUCUAGCCAAUGUAUCUAUUGCUAAAGCUUAUGCAAAUGGAGGCACAAUCAAUGCAACUCAAGAAAUGUUAGCGUUGGCGACAUGUAACAUUUUUGGAUCUUUUAUUAGAUCAAUGCCUGUAUGCGGUGCGUUUACACGAAGUGCCGUCAGCCAAGCAAGUGGAGUUCAAACGCCCAUGUCAGGCAUAUAUUCUACCGUGUUAAUGAACUUAGCAAUAUUAUACCUGACACCUCAUUUCCAUCUAAUACCCAGGGCUGUGCUUUCAGCAGUGCUCAUUGCUGCUGUUAUAUUUUUAGUUGAUUAUCAAAUUGUAAAACCUCUUUGGAAAACAAAUCGUAUUGAAUUAUUUGUGGCAUCUGUGACGCUAUUGACUAGUCUAUUUUUCACCGUGGAAAUUGGUUUGUUAGUUGGCGUGUGCGCUAACAUACUUCAUUUAGCAUUAUUGUGGUCACGACCGAAGCUUAUUAUUGAAAUAUCUAAGGUAUUGACUACUGAGUUCGUAUUAGUCACGCCUAAUAGUGGACUGUAUUUUCCUUCAACUGAUUAUUUGUACAAGGAAAUUAUGCGCAUUAGAAAACAUGAAGUAUAUGAGAAAAAACCUAUUGUGUUGAACUGCGUGCAUUUCAAAGGAUUAGACUAUACAGCUGCUAGAGGACUUUGUCUUAUAUCAGAGAAAAUUCGGGCAACGGGUCACAUGUUUAUUCUUCUAAAUGUUUCGGAUAAAAUGAAGUAUAUAAUUAGGAAAACUGGCUGCAAUGAUUUGGUUUAUUGUAAUUCGAUAGAAUCGGUACCCGUGGUGAUUAAUGACGACUGUUCAAAAAAAGUUCCAUUGUUCAAACCGAGUGAUAAAGACGUUAAAAUUGCGUUAGCUGAGCUUACACCUCUGUUACAAAACCAGUCGACAGAAACAACAGACGAAAAUAAUGGAACGGGAAACACUAAAUCAGUCACUAACAUAGUCUAAUAUUAUUUGGUUUAAGUAAAUAGUUUUGUUUUUGUUAAAAAUUAUUAAUAUUUCAGCCACAAUGAAAUUAUAUUCUUGAUAAAAAUUUAAUUACAAACAAAAUAUUUACUUGAAUAUAUUAUGUAAAUAAAACUGUUAUACUUGUAUAAAAUAUUUCUGUUAAUUGGAUUCAUUGUAAAUAUUUUGUACAGAAUAUUACGAUAAAUAAUUUUCAAUAUUGCA